UCUGCAGAUCUGUCGGAGAGGAAGAGCGACCUGAGGGUGUGCGAUGACUCCACCUGCCGAUUCGGAGGCGUCUGCAGAGACGACGGAGCUCAGCUCAAAUGCGUCUGCCAGUUCCAGUGCCACAAGAACUACAACCCGGUGUGCGGCUCCAACGGAGACACGUACCAGAACGAGUGCUACCGGCGGCAGGCGUCCUGCAAGCAGCAGAGACUCAUCUCCCGGGCGGCGGACGGGCCCUGCUCCCCCGAUCCCGGUUCUGGUUCCGGAGAUGGAGACGAUGAUGAAGGUUCAGGCUCGGACGUCGGGAAGAAAUUCACCAAGUGCAGCACCUGUAAAUACGGAGCGGAGUGUGAUGAAGACUCGGAGGACGUCUGGUGCAUCUGCAACAUCGACUGCAGCGGCCACAACGAAAACCCGGUGUGCGCCACGGACGGGAACUCCUACAACAAUCCCUGUCUGGUCCGAGAGGCGUCGUGCAUGAAGCAGGAGCAGAUCGACGUCAAGCACCUGGGCCGGUGCCUCGCUGAUAAGGAGAAACUGGGCAAGAAAGACGAAAGCAGCCUUUUCAAAGUAAAGGUAUUAGAAACCACGGGUCUGAACCACGGAGACGGGUUCUACGCCGGCAUGCCCAUCCCCUGCGCCGACAGCCACGCCAGCUUCUGCGUCCACGGGAAGUGUGAGAUCAAAUACAACAUGGCCACCUGCAGAUGUGACGCCGGCUACAAGGGUCCUACGUGUGACGAGCCGCAGGACUUCAACAUCCUCUACGUCGUCCCCAGUGGACAGAAGCUGCACUACGUCCUCAUCGCCGCCAUCAUCGGGGCUGUGCAGAUCGCCAUUAUUGUUGCCGUGGUGAUGUGUAUCACUAGAAAAUGUCCAAAAAACAACAGAGGCCGCCGGCAAAAACAGAACCUGGGACACUUUUCCUCGGACACUAACUCCCGGAUGGUAUAGCCGAGUUUGCUUGCUGGUCCUUUUUGAAGAGUUUUUUCUUACAGGGUGGGAAUGUCGUUUUUUUAACAGUAGGUAAUCAUUUUUUUCUCCUGGAAAAAUUGUUAGAAGAAGAAUGAGAAUAUUUAUUUAAGGGGCCUUAUUAUCCCUCUUUUUUUUUUUUUUUUGUCUUGGAUGGAAUUCUUGCGCAUUUCUUUUGCGCAGUCAUGAUUUUUGAUUUUUUGAUUUUUUGAUUUUUUUUUGCGAGAACGAGGAGCUGAAUCAGCGCUGACGCCGUCACCGUGUCUGUCCGCCUGCUUUGUUAGACGUUUUAGUUUGGAUUCUGGGAUUUUUGGUAAACUGGCUAACAGGAUAGCGUCUGCCCUUCUGGAAUGUGCCGUUUGUUAGGAAUCGUAUUCGUUCCCCCUCUCUAUCUCACUUCCGUUUAGCUUUUUACUAAUAAUGUGCAGCUGAUGACCAAAUGCAGUUUGUCUUCAGUGUCUUUUUUUAAUUUUAAUUUUAAAUCUUGUUCUUCUCGUAGAAGGUUAGAGGGGGGCCAGCCAGCGCCAUAGAUAUGUUUACACUUAUUCUUUGGUAUGAAACUCUGUGUAAAGACUUCACUGUAUUAAAACAAGAUAAUAAUUUAUUGUUCUUAUUAUUAUUACGAUGGUUUUUGUUAAAGUAGUUUUUACUAAAGGUUUUUAUGUUAACUUUAUUCUAAAUUCUCGUUCCUGUAUAUUAGCAUGACUCGUGAAAACUGUGUACUGUGGUGUAUUUAAAACUUUUUAAGAGGAAACGUCGCCAGCCUCGACGCCUCCGUCGUCCAGCGGCGGCGGGAAAGUGAGGACUCUGAAACGGAGGCGCGGGGUUAGAGUUCACUGUUAAAAAGAUGAAUGUGUCUCGUUUGGAUGUCAGUCUGCGGGCGUCACCGCAACAGGAACCAUUAAGUACUUUGUUCACGUCGUUUUUGGCCUAAAAGACGGGAUGUUACAUCUUCAUUUGUGAAUCUGAAGUCAGACGAUUGUAAAAGAGGACUGGGCUGCAAAUGGAGGUUAAAUCCGGAUGAUACGACCCAAAUCAGAAAAAGCUGGAGUGAUGCGGGAAAUGAGAAGAGAGUGAUUUUACUUUAAUUCUAAUUUCACUGCAGACGGUAUCAACCUUAUUUGUCCGUUCACAUCAGUACUCGAGUUGUAAAAAAAAAAUCAGGGGGGGUGGUGGAUUUUAUCAUAUGGGGACAGAUAAUUUGUGCUGAUUACAAAUAAUAUCAUAUAUUACAAAUAAUAGCACUGACCAAAACACCUGCAGAAAUACUGCAGGAAUGACAUAGCAGCAGUUAAAUGCAGCCUUCUGUAAGCUUUAAAUAUCCACUGGGCUUACAUCAAAUACAUCAAAACACAACAAUAAAAAACAGUUUUCUGAACUUAUCAAUAUGACUCUGUCCUUCACAGGAUAAGUAACAUGGAU